GUAAUGCCGCAAAAUGAGAAUGAAUAGAGGAGCAGUUGUGUUCUUAGAUAAUAGCUCAUGCCAAGUUGUUGCCAAUCGAUUUCAAGGCGCACACAGAAGAUAACCGUGAUCAAGAGAGACACGCUAUGAGCCAAUAAUAAGGUACAAACAAAGUGAAAAGCGAAAACGAGAACAACAACAACAAAAUAUCUACAACCGAGAAUCGAGAAAACAAAAGCAAUGAAUCAAGAAAACAUUCGUCCAAUAAGCACCUAUGACAAUUUGAGUGCAAGGUCUGCUGCAGCAACAGCAACCGCAGCAGCAGCUAGCAGCAAUAUCAAUACUAAUUCUAACACAAAUACCAAUACAAAUAGCAAUAGCAUUAGCAAUGCAUCCCAACCGAAAGUACAACAAUUAGGCAGUAACACAAGUGCAACACAGCCAAGCGGCACUAUCGAUAAUGGAAUCUCCGGCUAUCAGAACGCAACUGCUGAAACCCACCAACAACAACACAAUCCGUCAAGCUCGGAUCUGAAUGAGACGAGAGCGAACAACAGCAUUGCGGCAGUGAGAGCGGCAUUAAGCGAUGCCAAGUGCAAAUUCUUUGGCAUCAACAAUUACGAGUAUGACGCCUUGCAUCCUUCGGCUGCAGCUGUGUCGCUGUCACCAUCAUCAGAUGCAACAAAUAAUAGUGGCUGCCAGGCACAAGGAACGAAAGCAACAUCCAACUAUGCGAAUGUGAUUGAUGCCAGUCCCAUAUCCGUUUCCGUUUUGCCGGAAGCAAGCGGUUUGCAGCCGAUGAAAACAACAACAACAGCAACUUCUUCCACAUUCACACCAGACAGAGCGCUGCCCUAUGGCACCACAUAUGAGCAGAUUCCAUUAAGUGAUCUUGAUAUUCCGCAGCCAUCGCAGGCUGUCUACAUGAGCACAACCGUGCCGCAGAACAUUAAGGGCAUGAAGAUUGCCGGACGACAUACGCCAACCCGAAAUAGUCUGCGACACAGUCGCAUGAUUGUUGUAAAUAAUAAAACACGGCACAGUAUACAUGAAUCAUAUUCCUCACAUAUACGCAAUUUGAACUUGUCACGCCAGCUGCUGAUAUUUCAGCUAGCAAUUGGUCUGCUCAUCGUGUGUCUUUCCGUUUGGAUACUUAUCCUGGCACCCAACGCAUCCAUACUGAUCAAUCCGUACCUAAGUGGCUUAUCGCUUUUGCUGGCCAGUAUUGCCGGUUUAAUACUUUUAGGACGGAAUCGACGAUCGGAGUAUCAGCGAUCCUAUCACAACUGUUACAAAGUCUUAUUGGUCGAAUCCUAUGUAUUCUGCACUCUGGCGCUAAUCUUCUGCAGCUUGGCUUUGGUCUGUGCGGCAAUCGAGUUUGCUGAGGUCAACUCAUCGCUGGCAUCGGGUGAUGCAGCUUGUGGACCUGCCACAAGCUCGUUAUUAAACUACCGCAACUGUACCUGCUUGACGGAAAUCCCAACUACAGAAUCAGAAGCAGAAUCAGAGAUAACCACAGAUAACACAGGCAGUCAGUCAACCAACGAGAGCGAUAGUCUAAAUUGUCAGGCGAUUGGUGGAGAGUGGAAAUAUAUUUUGGGAUGCUCCAUGGCUCUGAACACAGCGGGCAUAGUUGCCACCUUUUUGUAUAUCAUGAUAUACAUUUGCUGUUAUCGUAGCAGUCGAAAACAUUUCAACACUUCUAUAUAACAAACAACACACACUUUGUAUCUCAAUGCAUAAAUAAAAAAAGAGAAAUACACAAUCGUCUAUAAGAAACGUGGUGUUUAA